UGACACCUUCCUUAAAUUCCUUCCCUCCUACGUUGCUUUAGUACCUCAAGUCCCUGGGCCUACCUUUUCCAACUUAGUCUUUGAAUCAAGACUCCGAAGAAUCACUUCAAGUUGAUCAAUCAUCAUUCCCGAGCUUUCUGAAAACUUUUCUUUUCCCUUCAUCUCUAUCCCUCCAACAAUAAUCCCACUCCAGCGAGUUCGCAACGAAGCCUCGCCUCCGCAGGAUCAUCAAACAUGUCUCUAAAGCGCAAGCGUGACAUGAGCCGGAUCUUUCGAUCCAGGACCCUUAAGUUCGUCAUCGGCAAAGACCAGAUCAACCAUAUCGGUCACGAAUCUGCCUUCUUUGCUUUAUCCCCAUCUUUCGAGGAUUUCGUUAGACGGAGCACAGCUAUCCCUGUUGGCAUUGCCAACGAACGUGUCAACGAAAGAGACUCGUCGUCUCUCAUGUUCUGGCCUCAGAUCGAGCCGGCUACUUUUGUUAACUUGAUGGAGUAUGCUUACUCCAUCGACUACACAGUGCCUGCUUUGUCCAAAUGCAAGCAGAACAGCACCUUCAACGCGGCCGAGGAAGAGAAUGGAAGCGAUCAUACACCUAAUCCGGCGAGCGACGAUGGCAAAGGGAACGUCAACACACCCGGAGAUACGACCCACGCGAGACCUUCAAGAGCGGGGAGUUCCACGCCGCUGCGCCUCGGGACGGGAGCUGCAGUCACUCGACAAAAUACUCAGCAGCCUGAGAUAUCGUCAUUGUACAUGUGGAUCAGGAGUGUCUCAAACGAUUUGCAGUCUCAGCAGCAUACCAGUGCUCAGUACAGGUUCUGUGAAGAGCAUUUCCCCAUUCCUUCUGGAGCCACCGAAGCGACAACUGAAGACUGGCUAGAAGACGUCCAGCAACAACAUCGAACUGGCUAUAAGGAAGUCUUCCUCGCACAUGCCAAGCUAUAUCUCGUUGCAAACCAGUUCAAGAUUGUCGAACUCAAGAGACUCUGCUUGCACAAACUUCGCCAGAGCCUCUUGUAUGCUCCAGGCACCGACGAGAUGUUGCGAGCCAUAGCCGUUACAAUUCAGCACGUUUAUUCCAAUACCACAUCCCGAGAUGACGAUCUCAGAAAGCUACUCCUGCAAUUCUGUCUCACCGACAUGGAGUGGAUGAUGAGGGAUAAGGAUCUGGAACCAGUACUGGAGAGUGUCCCUGGUUUUGCCAUUGAUCUGUUUCGCGAGAUCCCCCAUGACUACUGGAGAGAGCUCAGAGACGGAGGGCCCGCGUAAGAGGUGGUAGCGAGUGCAUUAGAAUAUGGACAUGAAGGAAGCGUUGGCUCAGCCGAGAAAGGCGUAGUCGAGGGCCUCUUGCUGCUCAGACGGGCGAGCCUCUCUUCCUUGGCUAGAGCGAGAAAUCUGCCGGGCAAAACCGUGCAAGCUGAGGAUAGGGAUUUUUCAGGCUAGGAAAUCUUAGGAGUAGAAGGUUCGCGUUACUGAAUCUGUGGGAGGAUUUCUAGAAACCAAGGAAACAAUCCGAUACAAACCGUACUUUGGUCCUCGAGUGAGCUUCU